GUGUUGGAGUCCGAUCAUUUGACGUACUCUGAAGAUUGGCUCUACUCAUGAAGCGCGGAUCGAGAAAGCUGCCAGAAGACGACACGAAUGGUUUGGUAUUCACAGAAAGGAGCAAGAGUUAGAAAUCGAGAAGUUCUUGGAGCUUAAAAAUCUGCAAAGAGAAAUGGAAAGUCUGUGAAGAGACGAGGCUUUCCCAUAGCAAAGCCUUGUUAUUAGAUACUAAACAAGCGCAACUCUAUCAAAUCAAGGAGAAGAAAAAAAUGUGCCAAAAAGAAAAAGAAAUUGAGCAAAUGUGGGUCGAUCUCGCUCAUCGCUACAAUGAAGAGAUGCUCGAGCAAGAUAAUCUGGAGCAUAAACUACUGAAUGCCAUUGCGCGAAACAACCAGGAAAGAAAUUUAUGGAUUGACGAGCGUCGGAAGCAAACCAACAAAACUAUUAACAAAGCUUUACGAGACGACUUUUCAGAAGACGACAAGCGUGCAGCAGUUUUGGAUAAAUUGUAUAUCGCACGGGUGAAGAGUGUGGACCAAAGUAAGAAGUUGUAUCAACAAAAAGUGAUAAUG